CAUGUGCUGUCAUGUCAGUUCAAUUUUGAUGUUUUUGUGGUGUGUGUGUGUUAUUGAAGAUGUUUCUCCAGUUUUCGAAGGGAUUUUUCGCUAUCAUGACUUAAACAGUGCGUAAAACUAUUACCGGUUGCCAUAUCGUACGUUUAGGAACGUUUUCGGUGCCAUGUAUUUGCUCAGGAAGCGAAAAAGAGCCAGGCCCUAACAGUCGCCCUUACGAUGACGCUUCCCCCCAAGGUGACCAUAUCUAAAAUACAACACAGUUUCACAAGCAAUCUAAAGUACAAACACUUUUUUCUCGGACUUUUAUUCAUAUCCACCAUAAUUAUACUCAGUCUACCUUUUAUAAACUUCUCAAAUGAUCCUUUGAAACAUUUUGAGAAAAUCAACUUGAACAACGUUCACAAACUAGUCGAGGUAAAGUUAAGUUUAGAAGAGCCAAGCCGUAGUCCGAGGGAUCUCAAAUGCACGCACUGGGACUGUUUCAAUAUCUACAAUUGUGGAAGGACUGGUCAUGAUAGGAUAGCUGUUUAUGUUUACCCUUUACGUAAAUACGUAGAUGCGAAUGGGGUGCCUGUUACUGAAAGCAUCUCUAAGGAGUACUAUCAGCUACUGAAAGCUAUUGUUAGUUCUAAGUAUUAUACAAGUAAUCCAGAAGAGGCUUGCAUUUAUGUUCCUUCAAUAGACACAUUGAACGAGGAAAGGAUUUUGCUGAAUUUUACAUCACAGGCUUUAAAUCAGUUACCAUAUUGGUCGAAUGGCGAAAACCAUCUUAUUUUCAACCUGGUGUCGGGCAGAGCCCCCGAUUUCUCCACGGUGGUACCGUUGGACGUGGGCAGAGCCCUGGUGGCCGGCGCCGAUUUCGACAGCUUCUCCUUCAGGUACGGCUUCGACGUGGCCAUGCCCGCCUACAGUCCAUUGGCGGCGACCAUGGGACAAAUACGGAACGUCCAUUUCAAGAGGUUUCGAAAAGUUAUCUCCUCUCAGCUCAACAUCGACCCGUACUAUCUGGACGUUCUCCAGAGCCUCAAGGCCUCUCACCCUCAAGAGCUGCUCCUAUUGGACGCCUGUCAUCCGCAUCGAUACGUCACGCGUUGCGACGUCAUCGAGGCCACCCACCACCGGUACCCGGACGUGUUGACAAGUGCCACGUUCUGUCUGAUGUUUAGAGGUGAGAGGAGGGGCCAGUACGUUCUUCUGGAAGCCAUGGCCGCUAACUGCAUACCUGUGAUAGUGAUGGACGCAUACGUCAUGCCGUUUGAAAAUGUGAUAGAUUGGAAACGCGUUGCCAUAUUUAUAAUGGAAAGUCAGCUGAGCUCUCUGAUGGACGUGUUGAGCGGCGUGUCCGAGAAAAAAGUCGGAGAAAUGCGAGAAUCCUUGAAGUUCCUAUACGAUACGUACUUCUCGUCGAUGGAGAAGAUCGUUCUGACUGCACUGGAUGUGAUCCAAGACAGGGUCUAUCCCCAUAGAGCUAAGACUUACGACGAGUGGAAUAUGUUACCAAAAGAGGUUAACUAUAACCCUUUAUUUUACCCAUCUACUGCUGUAAGAAGUAACGGGUUCACCGCUGUCAUUCUGACAUAUGACAGAGUGCAAAGUUUAUUCCUUCUCAUCGAAAGACUGUCAAAAGUACCGAGUUUAAUGAAAAUAGUCGUUGUCUGGAACAACCAAAAGAAGAAUCCUCCGCCUAUGUCGGAAUUUCCGAAAAUUGCUAAACCCAUUAACGUGAUCAAAACGAAAGCGAACAAGUUAUCUAACAGGUUUUAUCCAUAUCCCGAGAUCGAAACGGAGGCCAUUUUGCAUAUAGACGAUGACAUUGUCAUGUUGACGUCUGACGAGGUGGAGUUUGCGUUUGAGGUGUGGAGAGAGUUUCCCGACAGGAUAGUAGGAUUUCCUUCUCGUAUGCACGUGUGGAACAACGUGACCAACUCGUGGGGCUACGAAUCGGAAUGGUUGAACGAGAUAUCGAUGGUCUUGACAGGGGCAGCUUUCCUACACAAGUACUGGUCAUACCUGUAUACUAACGCGCUCCCUUCCAACAUCAGAGACUGGGUGGACGAAGAAAUGAAUUGCGAAGAUAUAGCCAUGAAUUUUUUGGUAGCUAAUAUAACGAACAAACCACCAAUAAAGGUAACCCCUAGGAAGAAGUUCAAGUGUCCGGAAUGUACAAACAACGAAAUGCUGUCGGCGGACAAAGGUCAUAUGGAGGCUAGAUCGAAUUGCGUCGACAGAUUUGCCAAAAUAUUCGGCAGGAUGCCUCUAAAUUCGGUGGAGUUUAGAGCGGAUCCGGUCCUCUUUAAGGACGCAUUCCCCGAGAAACUAAAACGCUUCAACAAUAUCGGCAGUCUAUAAUUUAUUACCUAAUGUUAUUUAUUAUUUACGAAAAAAGACAAAAUUUGUUUUCGAUAGAGAUGGGCAUUAAAAAAUCGAUAUUUUUUUCGAAACUAUCGAUAAUUUAAAAAUAUCGAUACUGUAGAACAUCCCUACUUUCAAUGGGCGAAAAAAGUAAAUUUCGACGACAUCUGGCCAGUAGGAGGCCUUAAUUUUUCAUACACAAUUUUAAAAGUAUUUGGGAAAACAAAAAGAUCGAAAUUAACUAAAUCCUGAAAAUAUAUGUGUAUUUCGGUUGGACGACUUGAAGCCAUCCAUAUGUUACUUCAUUUUGCCUGAGUAAAUUUGUUUUCAGUUAGGGAUGAGUAUUUUUAGGAAUAUCGAUAUUUUUCAAAACUAUCGAUAAUUUAAAAAUGUUACUUUAGAACGCCCCUACUUUAAACGGGCGAAAAAAAAAAGUAAAUUUCGACGGCAUCUGGCCAGUGGGAGACAUUAAUUUUUCACACACAAUUUUAAAAACAUUUGAGAAAACAAAAAAA